AUGAAUAAAGGAAGUGAUAAAGCAACAUUUGGAUUAAAAGAUGAAAAUGAUGAAAUUACUAGGUACCAGUCGGGAAGAUAUAUCAGUACAUCUGAGGCAGUAUGGCGUAUAUUAUCUUUUCCUAUUCAUGAAAGGUUUCCACCAGUGGUUCAUUUAGAUGUUCAUUUAGAAAAUGGCCAAAGAAUUUAUUUUAAUCCCGUCAAUUUAAAUAAUCAAAUUGAAAAUCCAAGAAAUACUACAUUGAUGGCAUUUUUUAAGUUAUGUCAGGAGGACGACUUUGCUAAAACACUUCUAUAUGAUGAGAUUCCUUUAUAUUAUAUAUUCGACAAACAAAAUAAAAUAUUUAAGAAGCUUGAAAAGAGAGGACGUAAAGUUGAUGAUUAUGUAGAUAUUUAUAAAGAAAACGUAAUUGGACGAGUAUAUACUAUACAUCCCAGUAAUACAGAAUGUUUUUAUUUGCGUUUAUUGCUUCAUAAUAUUCGAGGUCCAGUAUCCUUUGAAGCCUUAAAAACAAUUGAUAAUAUUAUCCAUCCAACUUACCAAUCAGCAUGCAAAGCUUUAAAUCUAAUUGAAGAUGACUCACACUGGGAUGAAACACUAAAAGAAGCAAGCUUAACUGAUAGCCCUCAAAAAAUUAGGCAGCUUUUUGCCGUAAUGUUGGUUUUUUGUAUCCCAUCAGAUCCAAUGGAACUUUGGAUUAAAUAUAAAAAAUAUUUAUCCGAAGAUUAUUUAAGAAUUAUAAUGAGGAAUCUUCCUGAUGCUGAUCCAGAUCAAUACACAGAAGAAGUAGAAAAUCGUUGUCUUAUAGACUUGAAUAAUAUACUUAUCUCUAUUAGUGGAAAUUCUUUAAAUCAUUACGGGCUCCCUACACCAACUGUUGAUUAUAGAAAUGCUAUUAAUAAUAGAGAAUAUUUAGAAGAAAUAAAUUAUGAUCAAUCAGUACUAUCACAAUUUUUAAUAGAAAAUGAGCCAAAACUUAAUAAAGAACAAAAUAAAAUAUAUAAUGAAGUGAUUAAUAGUGUGUCUACAUCCAAAGGUGACAUAUUUUUUAUUGAUGCUCCAGGAGGUACCGGCAAAACAUUUUUAAUUAACUUAAUUUUGGCAAAAGUAAGAAAUAGUAAAAAAAUAGCAUUAGCAGUUGCAUCUUCAGGUAUUGCGGCCACUUUAUUACCAGGUGGAAAAACAGCUCACUCAAUGUUUAAAAUACCUUUAAAUUUGGAUAUUACUGACAGUCCAGUUUGUAAUAUAUCUAAAAAUACUAACAAAGCCGAGCUUCUUCAGAAAACUUGCCUUAUUGUAUGGGAUGAAUGCACGAUGGCUAAUAAAAAAGCUAUUGAAGCUGUUGAUAGAACGUUACAGGAUUUAAGAGACACAACUUCGGUAAUGGGUGGAAUAACAUUUUUGUUUUCUGGUGAUUUUCGUCAAACACUACCAGUAAUAACAGGAGGUACAAGAGCUGAUGAAUUGAAUGCUUCUCUGAAACAAUCUUACAUAUGGAAUGAAAUUAAAAAAUUGUCAUUAUCAAUUAACAUGCGUGUGAAAAAAGAUUCAACCUCUUUGGAAUUCUCAAAUUUAUUAUUGAAUGUAGGGGAAGGUACUUUAACUGAAAAUCAACAUGGCGAAAUUUUAUUACCAGAAGGGCUCUGUAAAAUUGUUUCAUCCAUUGAUGAUUUGAUCGAAAAAAUUUAUCCCGGCAUAAAUGAUAUUUCAAAUAAAGACAAUGAAUGGUUCUCUGAACGUGCUAUAUAUUGUGUCCGACAAAUGAAAUUGUAA